CUGCACAUGCGCAUUUUAACUCGAACUGACACUGGUUUGACGACGAGCCGGCGAACUACAGUGGGAAAAACCCUGUUUUUAGUGAAAAUUCAGGUGAACUGAAGGGGUUGGCUGCAAAUUCUCAAUUUUGUUACCUUGGAAAGUGUCAUUUGACUUCAUCGUUGAGUAUCCAGCGUUGAUCAAAUGGAUUCAGAUUCUGUGAAGAUGGAGACAGACGAUGAUGACUCAUCACUUGAGGAAGAGGAGGGAGAGGAGUGUGAACCCAAACAGGAAGUCUGGGUUCAAAGUUCAUCAGAUUCUAAAAAUUACAAACCAGUUCAUCUGAACAUCUCCUACCAAAUGGGCAGUCAGGACUCUGCCACUCACUCUGGUAAUGGGCAACAAUCAAAGAAGAACAAGGGCAGCGACCCGUCUGCGUUGGCUGUCCUGCGAAGACUCACUCCAGAGUUACAGCAAGGGUAUAGAAUCCUGAUAGAUCUGAUGGGUGACCGUUGCAAGAGUUUCUCUUGGCCUUUCAUGGACAAGGUCGAUCCGGUGCUUCUCAAACUGCCUGAUUACUAUGACAGGAUCAAGACGCCCAUGUGGCUCACUAGGAUUGAAGAAAAAUUUGAGGAUAUGGAAUACACGUCGAUCACCGAGUUUGUUGCUGAUGUUCGUCAGAUUCUUGAGAAUUGUUAUCGCUAUAACGGACUGAAGCAUUCUGUGUCGAGACAAGCUCAGAUGAUGGAAUGCCAUUUUGAACAGAAGCUGUCCCAGCUCUCGAGGCACAUCAAGGACAAGACUAAUUUCCAUGUGGCCAGUGGCCCAGAACUAACAGAGUCAGAAACAUCUUCAAGCUCUAUGUUUGGACGGAGAGUCAGCCAGAGAAUUCUAGAGAGUAAAUGCUCCCUGACACCCGUUGCGGACGCCAUGGUGAAGCAACUAGAGAGAGAAGAGGAGGAGAGAAGGAAACAGAGGAUUAUAGAAAGGAAAGCAGAGCUGGAAAGACUGAACAAGCGACUUGUAGAAUGGGAGAAAACAGAACUGUUGGUUGAGCCGCUUGCAACCCAGCUAAAAUCCAUGUGGGAGAUUCCAGCCAUUGGACAGUUCCUCAAGCUGUGCUGCGAGAACAUGUACUUGCCAGAGUUCUCCCUCUUUGAACUAGAGAGGGCUCUCAUCCUCCCGCAAUCCAGCAAACUUCUAGCACGUAUCUUCACCAAUAUUCUCACCACGAGAUAUAACCGGAAAAGUACUGUAUUGCCUGAAGCUUGA